AUGGAUACUUCACAUUGUCGUUAUGGAGGCUACUACAUCUUGCUUCUAGUUCUAUUUUAUUCAUCUAUGUUUGAUUUAGCUUUAAAUCUGGACAUUUCUAGUGAUGCAAGAGACGCCAAAACCGAUAGUAACCUGAAACGUUUUCUCUCUAAUUCCAGUCAUCAACAUGGCAAGCAGGCGGAAUAUAAGUACUGUAGAAGUGAACCUGUUAAAAGAAGGGAUCGGAUGUCAUUUUCUUGUGAUAAAUCACCUAAAGAUAUUAUUACAAAGAUUAAUUUUGCUGAUUAUGGCAAUCCUACCGGUAAUUGUGAAGAUAAUAAAGAUAUUAGACACGGCAAUUGCGGCGCAUCAGCUACCAUGAGGGUCGUCAAAAAGAAUUGUCUUGGAAAACAAACGUGUCUUCUUUUCAUUUCGGACGAGAUGUUUGGCCCGAGUCACUGCAAGAACGAUAUUAGGCUCACUGUUGAAUUCACUUGCACAAAAGCUUAA